CCAGCUCCCCUACAGGCCCAUGGAUGCAAUAGCUCGCCUCGUCUCCUCUUCGCCCUAACUCGCCGGCGUCCGCUCCCGCCCGCCGCCCCCAUGCUCCCCCUAAUACGCCGCCUCCCUACCGCUCCUUCCCGCCUAGCCGCCCUCGCACUCCGCCGACCACACCAUCGAGCUGCGGCGACGACGCCGACAACGACACCCGCGAUACCCUCCUCCCGUCUUGCGGGCUCGCCGCCCGCAGAGAGUCCAGCGGCGGAUCAGGGGAGCGAGUUGGAGCCCCGACCCGACCCCCUCGACCGGGACUGGGGCUCGACGCUGUCCGUAGCGGACCUCACAGAGGUUGCCGGGAUCCUCCGGCGGUUGCGCGACGAGCAGAUCAGUCUGGGCCUGGGCACCUUCAAUCUGCUGCUGAAGCGAGCGUGCGAAGCGGACGACUUCGCGCUCUUCGCCAAGGUAUUCAGACACUUGCUGCUCUCCAAAGCUGCUCCCGACUUGACUUCCUACAUGUGUGUCGCCAGGGCCAUUGGGGGUCUAGAUGACUCUGAACUGUUACUCGGGUUUGUGAGAGAGGUAUUGGAGAUCACAAACGGCAGAGGUCCCACGGUGGCGAAUCGCAUUGUUUUCGCCGUGGGUACAUACGGGCACCUCGAUAAAUGCUUGAUCGUUUUCGAGGAGCUGAAGAAAGAUAGGAGAUGCUUGGAUGUUGUCACCUUCAACACUGUCUUGGACAUGCUUGGAAAAGUUGGUCGGGUGGACGAAAUGCUUUGUGAGGUGAAGCUGAUGGAGGAGCUUGGCAUUUCUCCUGACAUCGUGACGUAUAAUACGGUGAUUAACUGCUUGCGGAGGCUUGGAAGAUUGGGUCUGUGCAAAAGCUUUGCAAGAGAGAUGUUUGAGAGAGGCAUCAGUCCUGAUUUGAGAACGUAUACCGCACUAAUUGAUUGUUUUGGAAGGGCAGGCCAUAUUGCUGACGCCCUCGAGGCGUUUGAGCAGAUGAAGAAGUCGCACCAACCUUCGAUAUAUGUCUAUCGUGCACUGAUCAGUGACAUGAAAAAAGCCGGGCGGUUUGAGCUAGCAGAAAAGCUCGCUGAUGAGAUGAAUUCAAGUGCGCCUGAUUUAUUAGGUCCUGAAGAUUUCAGGCAGAAGUCCAAGGGAGGAAGGGUUAGGAACAGCAGCAGGUAAGAAGCAGAAAAGCUGUCUUCCAGGCCUGUGUGAUUCCUUGGUAUGCACAAGGUGCUGGUACCCUGUUCCAGACUUCCAAAUUUCGAAUGGAUUACUGGUAUUGUUGGUUGACAUCGUUAUCAGUAUAUGUAAGCCAGGAAGAGACAGAGAACCACAAAGCUCAGAUGACAGUAGCUUGAUGGUUACAAAGACACAACAAUGAUCCCAGUGCCACAGUCCUGAAUGAAAUACCAUGAUCGCAGGCCAUUGCAGAUUUGCGUUUCAAGAGGUGCAGCCAGCCACCCGAGUCAGCAGCAACUCUGUAGUUCCCGAUUGAAAGGAAAUAUACGUGAUGCAGUGCUGGAUUAUCAUGUGGAUAAUGCCCGUUAUUAGAAAGAGCGCUGUUAUGCUCUGAACUUCCAGGGGUAAGAAAUUUCGGCAUUUUCUUCAGUGCACUGAAGAAUGGUGAAAUCUUGGCAUAUGCUUCCUUUUUGUAGGCGAUGCUUGUAAAUCAUUAGGCAUAAUAGCGAACAGACUGUAGUUGUUCAAGUUGAUCCUGUCCAAAUUUUCUGGGCUUAUAGAUCAUCCUAAAAUUCGUGGGAUGAUGAACGGAGAAGUAUGCCAUGAGCUCCUAGCCCCUAGAUGAAGGUGUGAUGCCAUGCCAUGCGAUGUAAUGGAUACUUUUUUUAACGGUGAAAAGACGUCAAAAGGCGUCUUAUACAUUCAGCUCAAAA